AUGUGUAAAUACAGCCAAUACUCUGAUAAAGCUCUCAAGUCAGCCAGUAUUCCUGGAAGCUCAAAUGUGGCUGCUGGCAGUAAUCGUCGUCUUCAGCAGACUCAACACCAAGUAGAUGAGGUUGUUGACAUCAUGAGAGUGAAUGUGGACAAGGUAUUGGAGCGAGAUCAGAAGCUGUCAGAGUUGGAUGACCGUGCUGAUGCACUGCAAGCAGGAGCUUCCCAGUUUGAGACCAGUGCAGCCAAGCUGAAAAGAAAGUAUUGGUGGAAGAACUGUAAGAUGUGGGCAAUACUGAUAGCUGUGGUUCUCAUUAUCAUCAUCAUCAUUAUUGUCUGGAAUAUGCCUUCAUGAGUUACAGGAAGAAACUCAAAUCAACUGAAGGUGCCCAUCUUCAGCCUCUCCACUUCAAACCUGCUGUAUUUUCAGCCCAUUUACUGCUGUUUAAAGCAAAACUGUUUUGAUUACUGAAAUGUUAGCUAACUGUACCUGGUUGCCUUAAGACACUCCUGUCAUAAAUUACUAACAAGCACAGC